GUUUAUGAACUCAAAAGCCAGCCUGUUGGUCUCUGCCUGAUCAUAAACAAUGAGAAUUUCCACAGCCCUGACGUCGAACAGAGAUGGGGACAAACAAAGAUGCUGAGAGUCUAGCAGACGUGUUCAGCUGGCUGGGCUUCAAGGUGCUGAUGURUAAAGACCAAACCGGRGACCAGAUGGAACAGACACUGAAGUUAUUUGCUUCUCCUCAUGAUGAGGAGAAGCAGCUUCAGCUACAGGAGUUGGAUGUUCAGGAAUGGUGUGGYGGCUGGUUCCCUGCUCCCCAGCAGCCGGUUCGGCACGGCGACGCCUUCGUUUGCUGCAUUCUGAGCCACGGGUCAUUACGUAAAGUUCACGGGGUCGACUCUAAGCGUCUUGCCAUUAAGGAAAUAAGAAGAUAUUUUGUGGCCACUGAACAGUCACCCCUCACUGGCAAACCCAAAGUGUUCCUGAUCCAGGCCUGCCAAGGCCACAAGAUACAAGGAAGAGUGUUGCUGAAAGAUGUUGAGGAGGAUAGUGAAACAUUCAUUCCUGAGGAAGCAGAUUUUCUUUUUGCUGUUUCUUCUGUUGAAGACUAUGAGUCCUUUAGAGACCCAACAGAUGGAAGCUGGUUUAUCCAGUCGGUGUGUGAGCAGCUGAAGUUGCACUGCCCUAGUGGUGAAGACAUUACUUCCAUCCUGCAUCGUGUGAAUAACAUGGUGGGCCAGAAGGAGGGAUUCAUAGAAAAUUGUGAAGGCGAGGCAAAACAGGCGCCUGAAGUGAAGUUCACUCUGAGGAAGAAACUCGUUCUGUCGCCACGUUGCACUUCAAGCACAACAGUCCCUGCAAAACAGUGAUGACUUCAAAAACAUUCAUAUUUUAUCUCUGAGAAAURUACUGUGUGUGUAAUUUCUUAGCAUGCCAUAUUUUCCCAUCUAAUUUUAAGCCUCAGCUUUUGUUUUCCUCUACCAAAUUUAAAUCAGAAAUGUGACCUGUGAUGGUGGAUGUGUGCUUUUAUUUUUUCUCUUUUCUUUUUUAUUAAACAUAUGCAUGCCAAAUAUACAACUGCUAAAUGUUCAAUUUUAACAUGUUCAUGAUCUUAUCCAUGCAUAUUAUCAGCCUACAGGUAUAGAUUUAAA